AUUUAAGGCGGUAUUCUUAAACAUGUCGUUACCUCAAGCAGAGUUUUUAAAUUAUGGAGAGAGACGAAAUUAUUUAGUGGCACCUUGAAGUAAUUUAAGCUGAAGGAAAAUCCAGAGAUGAUAGACAACCAGUUAAUUUCAAGCAACCGACAUUCACCGAUUUUAGCUAAAGAUAUAAAGGACCUACUCCUAAGGAGGUACGCUAUAUUUACAGGUGGCCAUGAUAAGGAAUUCCGCUCCCUUAUAAUUUUCCAAGAUCGCGGUUUAGAUGGAUUAGGUGAUGAUUCAUACAUUUUUCUUAUGCAGUAUUUUUCUUCAUUAUCAACCAGAAUGUUAACAUGUGUUCAAGAGUUUACUGUCGUUAUUGAUAGGCGUACUGGUAAUUGGACAGUUGUCAAGUCGAUUGUUGCCAGGCUAAAUGAAAAGUUUCCAGGAAACUUACAUCAAAUAUUUGUUAUCAAACCUCAAGGUUUUAUGCAAGGUUUUUUCUUGGAGAAAACAAUAAACUCAAUUCGUGAUGGCUGUAAAAUUCCGUUAAUUUUCGUCGACAAAACUGAAGAAUUGCUUCCUUUUAUAGAUCAACAACACUUGACAAGUGACUUGGGCGGUGAGCUUAAUUUCGACAUUGAAGACUGGCUUACUAACAGGAUAGAUAUUGAGGAAUACUUUGAACAAGUUGAACAUUUAUACACUGAAUUGAAAAACAUCAUGAAUCAGUGUACUAAUCAAAACUAUAAUCAACGACAGGAUUAUUAUUGCAAUCUGAAAUCAAGAACUUGCCAUUUAAACCAAUUUUAUAGUUGUGAAAAUAUGCUCGAAUUACGUAAAAAAUGUCAUCAUUGGUUACAUCGUGUUUCACACUGUGAAGUAAAGGGUUUGAAAAUACGUGAAAAUUUACUUAGGAAAAAUUCAAAUCAGUCAUGUACAACUAUACGAGAAGAAGACACUACAAUAAAAUGUGAUAUACCAUCGAAAACGGGGACAUGGGCUAAUACAAGUGAUGCAUAUGACUUACCAGUCGAUUAUGUCUUUCAUAUAAUUACUUUUGAUCGUAUACUCAUUAAGUUAACUGAGGCUCGUACCGAAUUAAGACGGUACUGGCGUGAAUACAUGAAACGAGUACGUGUUACAUUUCUGAUUGAUGAUGUUGAAAACCAAUAUUACGAAUUUACUAACCUUGCCAGUACAUGGAAUAAUCUAAUUGAAUCUCUAGUUGAUUAUUUACCUGUUAAAAUGUCCAACUCCUCCGCUUUAUCUCCAGCACAUCAACAUCAUAAUCAAUCAUUAAAAGAUGAUAAGGAGAACAGUUGCAUUCAUAAUAGUAAUAAUUCACCAUGUUCCCCUUCACAUUUCAUUAUACUUUCUGCAUUGAAAAAUGAUGGUGAUGAAACGGAUACAUCGUUAAGUAAAACAAUAUUGGAAAGUUUAGAAUUACUAUCUUGUCGUAUAUUGGAAGCCGAAGCCACUGGUAAUAGGCUAUUAGCGAGAUUAAAAGAAUUAGAUAAGAUUGCAAGCAAUUUUGUUUUAUUUGUAAUUGAUAAUGUGGAAGAAAAAGAAGGAGUGUUACUGAACAGUUCUAAUGGGAAAGACAAUUAUCAAGCUUCAUUUCUCCGUUGUGAUGUAAAUCGAUUGGUCAGUGCAAAUUUAGUCUCAAAUAUUAUUUGUCCAGAUUUGUCAAUAAAAUUAAAUGGAAGUAAUCAACAAAAUGAUGUUAACCUAAAUACCAGUUGCUUAUCUCUAUAUUCUGGAGAGGAAGAUGAAUCAUCUAAUCUUGUUAUGUCUGAUGAAAUUAAUCAUAGUUAUAAUGAAAAAACUGAUGAAUCCAUGCAACAAUAUUUUCUUCCUAUCAAAUUUCCUUCAAAUGUAAAAGAAUGGUCUGUGUUAUUUAAAAAUAUGAUUGAUUUAGCUAGUAUAGAUUUACCAAAAGCAGCUGAUCAAAUUAAUCGUUUGCUACAACUGUACACAGAAAUUGAUAAUGCUGCUUCAUGGAUUAAAGAAGGUCAUCAUUUAUUAAAGACAGUAACACCACCGAAUAAGCUCACUACAAUGAAUUUAGUGGAAUGUCGGUCACGUAUGGAUGAAUUGAUUACAUUCACUUCUUCACGUCAGAGUAGAUUAGAGUUGCUUCGAAAUCCUAAACUAUUUCAUUCACGAUUAGUUGGAUUAUUAGACGCUGAUUUGAAGAGUCAUUUAAGUAAAUUAUUAAAACAAGUAGAAGAUUUAGCACAAAGUUGUAAUCUUGCUAUUGCUUCAAUUCGUCAACACAUUUCACGAACAAGUUUCCCAAGAAAUCAUCCCAACUCUAAAUCUUUUAAUAGUAGUACUAAUAGCAGUGGUAGUACUUUAACUAGUCCUGGGACAAAUUCACCCAUUCAAGAAGCUAUUGAAUCAGCAUCAUCAUCUUCAGAAAGUCUUAAGAACCACAAUAACAAAGUAUCCAAUUCCAUUCAAGGCUCAGACUCAACUUCAUCAUAUCAGCUGUCACAGUUAGAAUCUCCAACUUCAUUAUCAACUCCAGGUAAACGAUAUCAAUUAGCAUGGAAAGAACUGGUAGAUACAGAAAAAUCUUAUGUGAAUUUUCUACAACAUGUUUAUGAUGUAGUAUGGUUAAAUUCUAUUGAUAAUGUUAAUAAUGACGAACUGGGGACUCGUUCGCAUCCACAGCCAACAUUUAUGCGUGAUAAUCAAAAUCGUCUUUUGUGUAAUUGGCCGGAAUUAUUACGUUUCCAUAGAGACGUAUUACUACCGCAUUUAAUAUUGUGCGAUGGAAAUUCAGGAAAAAUUAAAAAUUGGGUAUCUCACAUGGUCCCAUAUCUGGUAGACUUAUACACAAUUUAUUGUUCGCUUCAUGAUUGUGCAGUUCAACUCGGUGCUGCCCUUGAAAAAGAUCGCAUUUAUUCUAGCUGGUUAACUGCAUGCAAUGAAGAGGUGUAUCGGAGAGAAAUGUCAAUAACAAAAAUGAAUGAUUCCGAAUCUUCUGUCCCACCUACUGAACUAAAUCGUCCCAUAUUACUGUUUAGUUCUCGUCUUGUGACACCUGUACAGCGUUUUCAACGAUAUCAUUUACUAUUGGAUAGACUUGUUCAACAUGAAACAAAUGAACUUGACCGCUGUGACCUACAGUCGGCCCAUAAAGCUAUUUUGGAAUUAUGUGAGACAGUGAAUAUUGCUAUGCAACUUCGUGGUUUAUCGGUUCGUCCAUCUGCGUUGGGUCCAUUUCUGUUGCAAGGAGAUUUUACGAUAUCUCGUGAUGAUGUACGAUUUAUGCCUAGCAAACAACGUCAUGUUUUCUUAUUUACUAACGCUAUAUUACUCACUAAAUAUCGUACUUCACCCAAUUCAUUUAUACCUGUUUUGAUUAAUCCAAGUACAGUGAUAAAUUCUGCGAUUUCAAAUAUAUCACGAGAUCAUUCCAUUGAUUUGUAUGAAAAAUGUACAAAUACUUAUUCAGCAUACAAUCAAUCUAAUAAUGGAUUAGGUACAACAUCCAAUUUAUUGGCUUUCACUAAAUCACUUACAUCUAGCAGUGGAAACAGUAGUAAUAAUCUUACUUCAACUAAUAUUCCGACUUUUACUUAUCGUCCUUAUUAUGAGAUUAAACAAGAAUUAGAGCUUUCCAAAAUCGGUUUAACUCCUCAUUUCCAUGGGGACCGUCGUCGGUUCGCUAUAUGGACUGCUAAACGUGCAGUCACUUAUAUUUUUCAGUCAUCUGAUCCUACUAUCAGAGAUGCAUGGGUUAAAGCUAUAAAUGAAUUAUUAAUGGUUCAAUUACUUCGUGAUCGUUAUAAAGUUCUAAAUAAUACUGAUAUACAGAGUGCAAAAAUAUUAUAUACUGAACAACUCUCUUUCAACUCAAAUAUAUCUGAUCGUAGUAAAAGCUUACCAGUUAGUAGCAAAACGUUGCCACAUAAAAAUCAAACGGGAAAAGGAUCGGUUAUAUCAUUACCAUCUGUAGUUAAUCAGAAUUCCAGCAAUAAAAUAACAUCAAAUCAAUAGUUAGUCAGUCGAUCAAUGAUUUCUCCAACUGCGCAAAUCUUAAUCUUUCUUUUCUCUUUUCCAUCCAUUUUUAUCAUAUUUUAGUUUCAGCUAUUUGUAAAUUUGUAAGUGUACGUGUACAGUUAGAUUAUUAUUACAUCAGCUUUUAUUAUUUUUCUGUUUUCGAUCGAAAUUACUAUUUCUCCUUUGUAAAUCCACUUACCUGAUUAAUUACCAUUUAUGUCUAUAGAAAUGUGUUCAUAUGUCAUCGUUUUUACUCUCGUUCCCUCUUCUCUCAUUCGUUUUUUUUAUUUAUCUUUUGAUUUCAUUCCACCCAUCCAUCCAUUCGUUCAUUUAUACAAUCCUCUUUCAAUUAAUGUCAUCACUGAAAUCAUCUCCUUAUUCCUAACUGUUGUUAUAUUAUAACUUCUUUGUUUAUAUGUGUAUUUAUGGGAUAAAUAUGGAAAGUGUUUUUUUCCCAAAUAUAUUCCGUUUUUAUUAUUAUUAUUAUGAUUACUCUAUCAUGUUGUAAAUUUUUCUUUUUUUCUCUAUUCAAGAAAAAUUUCGUGUUUUCGAAUAAACUUGUUAUUUAUUAUUUUUCGUUCUCUUUAAUAAUUUCGUUUCUUUUUUUUUUCAUAAUAACUUACAUUAUCAUAAGCUUUCAUUGUUUCUUUUUUUCUCCAAUCGGUUUUUAUUUUUUUCUUAUGCUAACAGUUAUAAGUAUAGUUAAUUAAUAAUAGAUUCAAUAAUCAGAUAAAAUGUUGAUCUUUUAUCAAAUUAAAGAAAAUUCUUAUUUCUUGUCAAUUUUUUUUUGACUUAUUUUGUCUCUGUUUAAUUUUAACAGAUACAAUUUUAUUUUGACUAUUACAAUAAUAUAAUUGUGUUUAAGUUGGAAAUUUACAUAGAUUAGUGUAUUUCACUAAUUCCAUAUUGUAUAUGUGCAUACACAGAGUUUCACUUAUUUAGUAUACUCAUUCACGUACAUAUACAUAUAUUUGUUCUUUUCAGUUGUUUGUAUUCAUCAUUGUAUAUUCUACUGUUACUGGAUUGUAUCGUCUUCCAGUAAUUUCUUUACAUCAAUCGAUGUAAAAAUUUUGAAACAAAAGGUGUAUAUAUACGGUUAGAUUUUAUUAUAUAGAUGUAUAAUAAUGAAUGGCUAGAAUAAAUAUUUGCUGUUUUCUGCUACUCUACAUUUUGUUUGUCAAACUACGUUUCCUAUAUUGACUUACUGUUUAUUAAGAACAGGCCAACUCGACCUCGUCAACUUGGUAAUUAGUAAUGUGCUCUCCUGUAAUUGGUGAUGAAAAUUAUUAAUUUAGCUGUGAUAAACAGGGUCGAAUGUAUAUACACUGCUGUUGUCCACAUCUCUUUGAUUUUAUGCGAUUUCAUAAUUAAUAUCGUUUUUGUGAGAACAAUUGUUUGUUUCCCGUAAGCUAUUGUGCAUUUUGUUGAUCAUUCUGAUUUCUUUUUGUUUUUAGAUUUUUAUCUUUCGAUGUUUCUAUGUUAACACUUUUUUCUUCAAACAGCGUUUCGAUAAUUUUUCUCAGUGUUUUGAUUUUUUUAUAUUGUAUUCUUCUCAUAGCAGUGUUAUUUUAUUUACAAAAAAUUCUUCAGUUUAUCUUUCGUUAAUUCAAGUUGACAGACAAAAUAAUAGCUUCUUCGGUUUAUUUUUCAGACUAAAGAAAAGAGAAAAUCAAUGUGUUUUGUUUUUUAGGUAUUGUUUGUACCAUUACUACUUUAACAGCAUAUAGGAUUGC